AUGUUGGACGAAAAUGAAUUUACUUUUCUUUUUGAUCCGAAAGUGGAAGAACAGCUAAGAAUCUCCACAUCAAGCACUACAGACAGUAAUGAUAAUUCGCAGUGACAGAAUGAAAAUUUUGAAGUCCCUUGCACACAUGAAAUUGAGUCUCCUCUUGAUUUUUCGAACUCGAGCCAAUGGCUCCAACUGUUGGACCCGAGCCAAUCGCUUGGCUUGUUUACUCCAAUGACUGAAGAGCAAAAUGAGCGCUAUUUUGCGAUGAAGCCAAAGCUCGAAAGGGUCUUACUCCUCCUCACAUUUAGGGCAUAAUUUUGUUUUUAAUAUAAUUGUAAAUAAUUUUUCGAAAUUAAAAAUCUGAUAAUUUUUAUUUUUUAGAACGCAAGCAUUAGAAUAAUUAUUGCUUUAUUUAAAGGCCUUUUCUAAGAAAUUUUAAAUUAUUAAAACGGUUUUUGCUUGCUCGAUUUUAGCACAAAAAUAUAGAUGGCAUAAUCUUACAGAGGGGAGUUAGAAAUACUAGAAAGUAAGCUUUCUACGGUUUCUGUCAAAGAUGACUGCUCGUCGCAGCCUUCUAGUGUAAAAUUAGCAAUGCCGAGUAAUUCUCAUCUUUUAAAUAGACGAAGAGCUUUGACAAUUGUUUAA